UACUCCACCGAAGCCUAUAUAUGCACGCGGCCGUCUCGCGCCUACGCCUUCACGUCCCACGUACGAACGCAAAACCCUCGCUCCCGCCGCCGGAGAAGAGGAGAAGAGGAGAAGAUGGGCCGCGUGAUCAGGGCGCAGCGCAAGGGCGCGGGCUCGGUGUUCAAGUCGCACACGCACCACCGCCAGGGCCCGGCGCGGUUCCGGGCGCUGGACUACGGCGAGCGGAACGGGUACCUCAAGGGCGUGGUGACGGACAUCGUGCACGACCCCGGCCGCGGCGCGCCGCUAGCCCGCCUCGACUUCCGCGAUCCCGUCCGCUACAAGCACCGGAAGGAGCUCUUCGUGGCCGCCGAGGGCAUGUACACGGGGCAGUCCGUCUACUGCGGCCGCCGCGCCGUCGUCGCCAUCGGCAACGUGCUCCCGCUCGCGUCCCUCCCCGAGGGCGCCGUCGUCUGCAACGUCGAGCAGCACGUCGGCGACCGCGGCGCCCUCGCCCGCGCCUCGGGCGACUACGCCAUCGUCAUCAGCCACAACUCCGAAAACGGCACCACCAGGAUCAAGCUGCCGUCGGGGGCGAAGAAGGUGGUGCAGAGCGGGUGCAGGGCGAUGGUGGGGCAGGUGGCCGGCGGCGGGAGGACGGAGAAGCCGCUGCUCAAGGCGGGCAGAGCGUACCACAAGUUCAGGGUGAAGAGGAACAGCUGGCCCAGGGUGCGCGGCGUCGCCAUGAACCCCGUCGACCACCCGCACGGAGGAGGCAACCACCAGCACAUCGGGCACGCGUCCACGGUCCGCCGCGACGCGCCUCCCGGGCAGAAGGUUGGACAGGUCGGGGCGCGGAGGACCGGCAGGCUCAGGGGACAGGCCGCCGUCAACGCAUCCAAGGACAGCAGGGCCGCUUAGUUCAGUUAGAUAUCUUCAUACGUAUCAUCAUUGAUCAGCUAGGUUAUUACUUAGAUUUUGGGACAGUUAUAUCUGUCAUGCUUUCCAUUGUGGGUGUGGUACUAUUUGGACUUUGGUCGAAUUAUGUAUGGAAAGUUUUAUAUACCAUUA